GCUUCCUGAAAGUCAGCCAUUUUUUUCAUCCUGUUUGUAAACAAAGGCUAGAUCUAGUUUUACCCGAUUUGCUGUAACAUCACGUGAAACUUUGAGUCAUUACACACUUCUUAUUUGAUAAGACAGCUAAACUUUAAGAUAAGACAAGACUUGGUCUUACAGCCAUGGGUUGUAUUAUAGGAACAGCUGCUUGUUGCUGUGGAAGUGCGGCAUGCAGCUUGUGCUGUGCAGCCUGCCCAUCAUGCAAGAACUCAACAGCAGCAAGGAUUGGCUACUCACUGAUGCUGCUCAUGGGGGCAAUAGUCUCCAUCAUUAUGCUUGUUCCUGGAGUUCGCUCCAAGUUGGAAGAUAUCCCUGGACUUUGCAAAGAUUUCUUUAAGAAUGACUACAUCGAUACAUCGUCGUCAGUUUUUUCAAAUGAUCAGUGCAAUAAUGUGGUUGGCUUUCUGGCUGUGUACCGAGUCUGUUUUGCCAUGGCCAUGUUCUUCCUUCUCUUCUGUAUCCUCAUGAUUAAGGUCAACUCAUCUAAAGAUCCCAGAUCCAAAAUUCAAAAUGGGUUUUGGUUCUUUAAGGUUUUAAUCAUGGUAGGAAUUUGUGUUGGUGCAUUUUUUAUCCCUGAAGGAACAUUUGGGCAAGCCUGGAUGGUGAUUGGUUUGAUUGGUGGCUUCCUGUUCAUACUUAUUCAGCUCAUUCUAUUGGUUGACCUGGCUCAUGGAUGGGCAGAAUCAUGGGUGGAAAAAUAUGAAGAAACAGAGGCCAAAUGCUAUUAUAUUGGGCUUUUCUUCUUCACCUUCUUGUUUUAUGCAAUCAGCAUAGUAGCCAUCGUCCUUUUCUACAUCUAUUAUGCCAGUGGUGAUUGUGCUCUUCACAAGUUCUUUGUGUCUUUCAACAUGAUUUUGUGUGUUGGUAUGAGCAUUGUGGCAGUUUUACCCAAGAUUCAGGAACACCAGCCCCGCUCUGGCCUCCUGCAGUCAUCAUUGAUAACAGCUUACAUUAUGUACCUGACCUGGUCAGGCAUGUCCAACAAUCCAGAUCGUUCCUGCAAUCCAUCUUUGAAGUCAAUCUUCAAUUCGACGUUAAUCCCAGGUGGUCAAGACAAAUCCAGCUCUGAAAAUGUUUUUGACUGGGAAAAUAUUCUCUCUCUGUUUAUUUGGCUUUUUGCUAUUCUUUAUUCCAGUAUUCGUACCAGUAGCAACAGCCAAGUUGGGAAGCUAACUAUGUCAGAGAAGACAAUCCUACAAACUGAUACUGGCAAACGCAAAAACUCAAGCGAUGAGAAUUUGAUUGGCAGUUCAGACGGCGAUGCUGACUCAGAACGAGGGCAGAAAGUCUGGGAUAACGAGGAAGAGGGCGUGGCCUACUCCUACAGUUUUUACCACUUCAUGCUAUUUCUGGCAUCCCUGUAUGUCAUGAUGACCCUGACUAACUGGUUUAGUCCAUCUUCAGAUGUCAAGCACCUAAAUGCCAACAUGGCAUCUGUGUGGGUCAAGAUCUCGUCCAGCUGGAUCUGCGUCAUCCUCUACGUCUGGACGCUGGUAGCCCCGGCUAUUUUAAGUGACAGAGAGUUCAGUUAAAUCCCUUGGCUGAAAUUCCCUCCCUUGAAAUUCAUCCCCAGUAAAGGCACUAUUGGGAUUUGAAAAACUGGUACCUCUAAAUGCUCAUGCAACCUGGCUAAAAUAAAAAUGUGACCAAAACUUCUGUAAUAAAUCAAAUCUUGAAAAUUUUUACCUCUGUGAACAGAGAACAACUGUUAUUUAGAAACUAAGUUAACAAAGCUUGUUAUAAAAACUGCCCGCACCCCCUUUCUCCACACCCACUAGAGCCCCAACCCUUGUAGAGUACCAAGUCAAUAAACAUUAUGUCUUUAAUAUUCUGGAAAAAUGUAGUGUCACUCAGAUUCCUUGUACAUUUUUAAAAAAAAAUAUUUAAGUGUGCUUUUUGUAAAUAGUAACUGGCUUAAUUUUUAUUUAUAAAGAGCAGAUGGACAUUUUUUUUAGGUUUGCUUCGCACACCAAAUCUUUACUUAAGUUUAUAAUUCUAAAACAGUAUAUUUGUUAAAUUAAGUUUAUAUUUCUGAAACAGUAUAUUUGUUUAUUAUAACGGAUUUAUUUUUCAUUUUUGAUAUUUUAUUAAUAUUGCUCCUGCUUAGUUUAUUGUUUACGUUAAGUUCAAUAAGUUGCAAGCUGAUGACAGGACUUUUUUUUU